UCUCAAUCUUUCUCUGCUUUUUAUUUACCAGACACAUUGCCCUUUUCACACCAAACCCAACUCUCUCUUCUCAACUUAAAUCCAACCCAAUUCAACACACUCAAUUAAUUGAACAUCACUCCAAUCACACCCCAAUUGUCCCACUUUGCCACAUUGCCACUACUACUCCUUUAAAUUCUCUCUUUUGUUUCCUAAUGUGAUUCCCAAAUCACAAUCAUUUUGCUUCAGGUUUCAAAGACACAUAAUACAUAAAAUUUCAACUAGCUUCAAACUCGUUUCAUUUUGUUUCUGUGCUUCCCUUGAUCUACAAAUGGAAAACCAGUUCUUUUUGAAUGCUGGGGUGUCCCAACACCCCCUUCACUUUGAACCUUCACCAACACCACCACCGCAAACACUACCUCUUUCUUCAAUGUCCACGUGGCAACCGCUCUCAUCAUCAUCCAUGGAAAUUCACCCAACAGUUCUGAAUUGUUCCUCCGAGCAAACCCAAGAUUGCUUUUACAAUUGGGACAGGUCAACGGAUCAUACCCUCCACUUCGAUUCUUCAGCACUUAGUUCAAUGGUUUCAUCACCAGCAGCAUCAUCCAACCCCAACAACAACAACAUUUGCAAUGAGAGUUUCAUGAUAAGGGAAUUGGUAGGGAAAUUGGGAACUAUUGGAGGAACCUCUGAUGAGAUCUCACAGCAUUCUCAUAACCCUUUGGUUGUAGCGUCUUCUUACAUGAACAAUGCCAACAACACCACCCCUUUGAGUUCUCCACCAAAGCUUAACAUUGUGAACAGUUUGGUGAAAGAGAAUUUGACCAAUUUGGGAGCGAAGUCAAUGGCUUUGAAUUCCACUGUGGCAGAAUUCUCAGCUGAUCCUGGCUUUGCUGAGAGGGCUGCAAAGUUCUCUUGCUUCGGUAGCAGAAGUUUCAAUGAUAGGAGUACCCAAUUGGUAGUUAACAAUGCUGAAUUGGCUCCAAGAUCUGCACAAGUUGUGGAACAAGGGAAGUUACCAAGAGUUUCAAGUAGUCCAUUGCUCAAAACACUUGGAUCUCAAAUGGGUGCCCAAGAGAACAAGAGUUCUCAGUUUCAGGAGAUGGAUAGAAUGGAAGUGGCAAAUUCCCAAGAGGAAUCUACAAUUUCCGAGCAAAUUCCAAAUGGGGAAAUUGGGGUGAAAACUUCUCCAGAUAUGAGUUCAAGGAAAAGAAAAGCCUCUUCCAAAGGAAAAGCUAAAGAAACUUUAAACUCUACUAGUCCUACCAAGGGUGUUGAAGGUAGUGAGGACUCAAAUGCAAAAAGAAGCAAGACAAAUGAGGGUGAGGGAAAUGAAAAUGGUCCAGUGAAGGCUGAGGAAGAGUCCAAAGCAGGGGAAGAGAAACAGAACAAGAGUAACUCAAAGCCUCCUGAGCCACCAAAAGAUUACAUUCACGUUAGAGCAAGAAGAGGCCAAGCUACUGAUAGCCAUAGUCUUGCAGAACGUGUACGGAGGGAGAAAAUUAGUGAGAGGAUGAAGCUUCUUCAAGAUCUUGUACCAGGUUGCAACAAGGUCACUGGUAAAGCACUUAUGCUAGAUGAAAUUAUAAAUUAUGUUCAGUCAUUGCAGCGUCAAGUUGAGUUCCUGUCUAUGAAAUUGGCUUCUGUUAACACAAGGAUGGAUUUUAGUAUUGAGAAUCUUGUCUCAAAAGAUGUAUUUCAAUCAAAUAAUUCAUUGGCAACACACCAAAAUCCAAUAUUCCCAUUAGAUUCCUCAGCACCAGCCUUUUAUGGGCAACAGACUCAGCAAAACCCAGUUAUCCAUAAUAACAUACCUAAUAGAACGGUGACCCACUGCUCAGUGGACCCAUUAGACACUUCUUUGUGCCAAAAUCUUGGCAUGCAGUUACCACCCCUAAAUGGGUUUAAUGAAGGUGGCUCUCAGUAUGCAUUAACAUUCUGUGAGGAUGACCUCAACACCAUUGUUCAAAUGGGAUUUGGCCAAACUGCAAAUAGGAAAACACCAAUACAAUCCUCAAGUUUCAACGGUUCAAAUCAAGUACCCCAAAUGAAAGUUGAGCUCUGAUCACCUUUCUUUACGCCUGAAUUGAAGCCCAGAGGAAUAGGAAGACUGCUGUAUACAACAAAAGAUUUAAUUACAACAACCCCAUGAAUUAUUAUUAUGCCAUUAUUACUAGAUCUAUUCAAUAGAACCCUUUUUUUGUCUUUAAGUUAGUCACUUCUUUUCUUCAUUUUUUUCCCUUUCUCCCUUUUAUGAUUUCAGUUUCUUAUCUUCUCGGGCAGUUUUUUCUUCUUUUUUUUCAAUUUUUUCCUUACAAUUAUUCACUGUAAAAUCUUAGGACCGAUUCUGUAUUAAUUCUCUGGUGCAAAUUCUAAUUAUUAUCAUGGCACCAACUGUAAGAUGUAACGCUAAUUAAAGGAAGUUUUUCUCC